GAUGUUUAUGAUGCGGCCAGCUGCGUUUUGUCUGCGUGUUUGGCCGAAGCUGUAUUAUUGACGCGAUCAUAAACUCCGUCAACUUGCACUGCGCAUUGAUCAAUGCCGGGAUUAUUUGCGUAAUGUUAGAGUUUUGUCUCAAGUGUGGUCAUUACGCCGGGUGCUGUUUUAUUCGGGUGGAAAAUUAAAUUAUGCGGAUAUUCAUGAUCGAGGUGUAACAGCACCGACAGCGUCGCUUGUCAUCGAUUUUUUAAAGCGAUUUGUUAUAACAGCGACACGGAUUACAUUAUAAUCAAAAAUUUAUUUAUCGCUUGUUUGUCCACUUAUCAUCGUCAUGAUGCAACAUGUAAAAAAAAUAUAAAUUUGGACUACCUAAUAUAUUUUAAGGAAGCGAUUACAACUGAACAGUCAAAGCCAGUUUGCUUUUUAUUUCGUGCCACUGCUCUACGAUUUGCGUUGGGAAUUAUAUUUCGAAUUUUGUUAGCAAACGCGUUUUAUCUAAUUCACCAUGCACAUCUUCACGUGGCGCAAACGUAAAAAAGUCUUCCACCCGAACGGCGAGCUCAACUGGAACAUUCUACUCCCCUCGUCCAGCGCCAUGCCGGAGCGGAAGAGCGUCAGCUCGCCGCAGCUGAGCAUCCACGACAUCAACCAACUGCAGUGUCCCCGCCCGGAGAGCGGGAGCCCGUACUUCCUGCCCACGCGGCAACUGCGUCCCUCCUUCAGCCACCUGUUGACUACUUCGCCCGCGACAACGCUGGAGGAAUCCCCGGUAUCCUCGCCGCUGGGAGAGACAGCCACGGUCGGGUGUGUGUUGAGCACUUUCCAAACGGAUGCCCCGAUUAGCGGUAAUCCGGCUACGGUGUCAGCCAAGCGCGUCCGAUCAGAUUGGUCAGUGUGGUAUGGAAAUAGCGGCAGUGUGCGCAGCUGCAGCAGCAGCAGUGGACAGGAUAAGACGCCGUAUGCGCGCUGCUCGAGUGCGGCGGAGUCGCUCAUCAGAGAGAGUCCAGCUGAUGGAGCGCCGGGUAAAAAAAAGAAAUUCUCCUCUCCGAAACGGUUGUCCUGCCCGGUCAUAACCCCCAUCUACUCCGACGAAUCCUCCACCCCGCCCUCCCCCACCUACGACCUGGUCCCGGUGACCCUCUCCCGUUCCCCGGGAGAGAAACUGGGCCUGGGCUUAUCCAUCCAAACCCAGCCGGACCACGACACCGUCGACUACGUCCUGAUUCGCGCCGCUCCAAACGACACCACCGUCCAACCCGACGACGAGAUCCUGGUGGUCAACGGCGUGGAUCUGCGGACACUCCGGCGUGCCGAGUGUGUGGAGCUGUUCAAGAAUGUACCGCAGCGGUUGAGCAUGGUGGUGCGGCGGACGAAGAAGACACCGGCGGAAGUAGGGCGGAACGCCAUUAGUACUGCAUCACCGACGCACUCGUUUACCGGCACAAUGGACAGCGGCGGAGGUGGGGGGCCCGGUUGGAGUGGGAUGCACAAAGGGAGGAAGGUGCGCCGGCCCAGUGAACCGCCUCCGCCGCCGCCUCCGCUGCAGGGUACGGAGGAUGAGGAGGGGAUGUAUCGGGAAGAGCAGUACGAGAAUAUCUAUGACCUCCCGUACAGUGACCAGCAGUGUCCUUCGGAGCGGGAAUACCAUAGCAUUCCGGAUCUGGAUGCCCUGACCCACACAAGUUCCUACACUUCGUCUUGUGAUAAGCACAACGCUCAACAGUAUAAACAAAGCGAUUACGACAGUAAUUUCACGUUCCGCGCCUCGACACCAGCCGACGAAAAGGUCAUCAUCCCGGAUGACCACAGCCACGACUCGGCACUGACCACCUCGUCCGGAUCAUCGCGGUCAAGCGAUUUCAGUCGCACAGAGAUCAACGAAGGCUUCCGGGUGUCACGGUCAGAUAGCGCCAGCCAGUGUUCAUACGAUCCGGAAUGCGAUGAAGAGUCCUUGUACUGUGACACGGUGCUGUUGCGGCAGGCGAUACAUCCACCGGACACGGUUAUGGAGGAACAUUCGACACCGGGCGGAAAGGGCAAGGAGAACUGCGGAGUCGAAUACACUAACAGACCCCCUUUACGAUCCACCGACACGAAUGCCUUAACACCCGAAAACCUGUUAUUACAAAAACACAAACUCCGGCACAUCGCGCAUCCGAGCGUUUCACUUAACCUUGACCGGGCACCUCCGCUCCCUUCCCAAAUAAUGACCGCGACUUCUCCGGCGGAACCGCCGUUGCUCAAAGACUUCAUCCUGGCCUGCGACGAUCUCCCCGAAAGCUCCGUGGACGCGGAAUUGUCCGACAGUGACGGAAGUGGCGGGAAAAAAGUGGUGACCUUUGCACCCGGUUCCCCGGAGACCGUGGGCGGGCCGGUGCGGACAAAAUCCCCCGCCAAGCUGAUCGACGGCGCCAUGUACCGCGCGUAUUUGGGGCUAAAGGGCCGUAAGAAGGAGAAGAAACGGGAUACUCCGGGUGACGCCAGCGGGACGACGGCGGCGAAGAUUCGGAGUAUCCUCAAGACGGGCCACAGUGCCGAGAUGGAGGAGAAUCGACAGAGUGGUCAAGAUGCCAGCGGACAAACCGGCAACAAACUCAUUAACACCGCCACGGAUGCUGAUCACACAGUACAGCCGGCACUCGAUACCGUUGGUGCGGCAGCGGAUUAUACGGCAGCCGUCGCGCUGCAUCAUCGGCAAAUAGAUGAUCGCGGGGAUGGGAAUGCGGUGUUGCUGCUACCGUCGCCGUUGCUCGUCGCCCGACUACACCGAUCGCCACUGUCUGAUGUUCACUUGGACAUAACGCCAAAACCAACAUCACACAGCAGCCGAUCGCCCUUAACGAAACCUGCCAGUGUUCCUAACGUUAACCAUUACGCGGGACAACUGGAUCUCUCCCAGUUGUUGUCGCCGGUUGCGUGUAAAAAGAAUUGUGCUGAUGAAUUACCGGCAAUUGCCAGUCAUGGAUUAGCUCAUUGUGCGCUGACUAACGAGGAUGCGCCUUUAAAAGCGGAGUGUGCGGUGCUUGCCGGGCAUCACUCUGUUGACGUGUUACAGCGGGAUAGUGUUGAUUUUUUUGAUAAAGCCUGGUGGAAGGUAUCGGACAAGGCAGUGGGAAUCGCGGAGAAGGAUCUUCCGGAAGGUCAAACGCCGACAUUUCCGGUGCAUCGGAGUGGGGACGACGGCGUUAUUAAUCCGCCAGACCACCCGUCUCCUCCCGCGCAGUCCACCGGUGAAGGCCACCACCACGCAGACAUUCCACCGCCGUCCAGUGACCUUUCCCCCGUAUCGGCCGACCGGCCCCGCCCCGGCUUCAUCGGGCCCAAACCCGUCGUCCCGCCCAAGCCGAAAUUCCUUUCCCGUCUCACGCCGGCCAACAAAAGUGUUAACAGUCCCCACGGUAGUGUCAAGACAAACACCGAUAACACCGUCUCUCCCGCUGACACAGCAAUGUACCAACAAUCAGACGCUCCGUACAACAACACAGCCCACCUUAACGGUCCACUUGUCCUAAACAAUAGCCACUCGCAUACGCCGGUACCCAGUAUAUACCCGGCAUUGCACACAUUACACACUGACACUAUACAGCCACAGCUGUUGCCGCCGCCUCCGUGCUUUCCACAUGACUCAACCGCAGUGCACCCAUUAAAUCCGUCACCCGCACGAGAACACGCUGCUGUUGAAUUACUCGCUACAAAAAAUCAUUUGCAUCGUGCCACAUACGUUGAACUACUCGACACCGAUCACACGGAAUUUCUCACCAGCAGCAUGACGGAAUUAAUUGAUUUCUCCAUGGACACCCACCCUCCCCUGCCGCCUCCGCCGGACUUUGCGCUGAGCAGCGAGAUGACCCUCCUGGACUUAUCCGCCGACUUCCUCCCGGCCUUUCCCACGGGCCCCGCCCAGUCCGACUUCCCGGUGUACCUGGAGGCCAUGCGGGAGAGCACCGACUCCGGCAACUACCCGGACGCCGGCACCAUCGUCUCCGACACCUCGCAGAUCAUCUCUGCCGACGACUCCACCUCCCUGUCGGUGUCGACCACCUCCGACACCUCCGAUCUGGAGGACAACUUCUCCCUGGCGUUGCGCCGGGAUUCGUCCAGUUCCUCCGAGCAGGAAGGGCAUCCGCAUGAUAUCGAGAUCCUGCAUAUGAACUGGGAUAUCGGGCUGAAGGUCAUGUUGGACCGGAAGGGCCGGUGUGUGGUCAAGGAGAUCUCCCGGACGUCGCCGUUGGGGCGACUGGGGAAUAUCCGGCCGGGGGAUUAUCUUCAGAAGAUCAACGGGCAGAGUCUGAUGGGGAUGGGCGAGAGCGAGGUGUCCACACUGAUCCGGGCGCUCCCGCGGGGGUUGGUGCAGAUGACCGUCGUUAGUGGAAUCGGAGAAGGCCACCGAAGGGAUUCCGUGGAGACGGUCGAGACGUCGGAAAGACGGGAUAGCUUAGUCACUUUGGAUAGCACUUAUUCAGGCGGAGAAGAGACCGCGAUCCACAGUGUGUCGCCCAACCAGGAAACGACACGCAGCGACGCCAUUUUGGGACCAGAUCCGGAUACAUUUUACAAUUCCUCCACUGACCACUUGGCAUCCAGUCAGCUGAUCGCCACCCCCGACAUGGCCUCCCGCCAUUCGUACGCCUACUCCCGCGACGUCCACUACGGCGUGACCCGCACGGUGCAGCCCAGCGUGCAGUCAUCCAGCAUCAUCGAGCCCGUCGCCCGCACGGAGGUGACGCGCGCCCGCUCCAUGCACGUCAACGAGCCGGCAGAGUUCAUCGUCAAAAUCCAGAAGGAGCCGGGACUUGAUAAUAAUUUCCAGUCGCGCGGGCUGGCGGCACUGCGCCAGCACAGUAAUUCCUUCCACUAUGAUCCGCCGACGGAGCCGACGUUUGAUCUACAAGAGGAAGAAUCCGCAGGGUCCUUUCGACGAAAUGGGAAUCACGCCAAUGGAAAUGGACACGGCGGUGCGGUGGCACCGGUGCCGUUAAAAAUGGAGCAAUAUGAGCGGAAAAUAUCGAGCGAUAAAACCGGCAGCGUAGUUGAUCCCUACAAGAUCGGCCGGGAGCUGAUUUCCGAUGACUUCAAAAAGAAACGCGAACGCUUCCUCGGCGGCUCCUUCGAAGCCGACCAGACGAAAGGCAUCACAAAGGUCAACGGCGUGGCUCCCGGGGCGUCCACUAUCGCCGACCGGCGCAGUCGCUUCGCCGCCAACGACACAAAAUCUCUCCAGAGCCCAACUGCUCCCAAAACAUCGUUCACAACCCAGAAAUCCAUCGAAAAGCCAUCACCAGCCCCAAUGGACCGCCAGACAUCCCAGAAAUCCUUCGACCACACCCCCUCGACGAACGGCAGCCGCACGAUGCCGCCGGUGAUCAACCGGCCCUCUGUGCUGCAACAACCGACGGCCACGCCCCCCAUCACGCAGUCCAACCGUUCGUGGGGCCGCGAUCGCAACCGGAGCUCCUCCAUCAGCUCCGUGGAGAGUCUGAGCAACAACUCGAUUCAUUCGUUCUCCAGCAGCGAUCCAUCGCGCCAGGAAGCGGUGUCGGAACGCCGCGUGUCCAUCCGCGAGAAGGCGGCGGACACCUCGUUGGACCGGGGACGCAUCAGUCCGGCGCAGUUGUCGCGGCAGCUGGCCAAGAAGGAAGUGAGUGCCAGUCACACGGCGCUCAAUUCCGCCGGGACAGGCGGGAAGUUUGCGGAAGCAUUGGCGCGCUAUACGGCCAAGACAGGACAUGAAGAAGGGGGACGGCGGGGCAGCAAGCCGCUGAUCAUCCCGGUGGCCAAUAAGAGCGUGAUGAGUAAGGCCAGUCUGUUUGAGCAGAAGAGCCAGGAGGGCGGUCCGGUGGCCCCGCCGGCGCCGUUGAGCGGCAGUAAAGCGCGCUCGGUCAGCCAGAGCAGUCUGCCGGGGAGUGGCGCGCAGCGGGAGUGGAGUGGCGGACGGAAUGGGAAGGUGUCACUGCAGACCCAGUUAGAGGAAGAAGAAAUCCCAAGCUGGCGAAAACCGACAAAACCCGACAUGGUGACCCCGGAGCCCACCCACAACGAGAUCCCCUACACCCCGCGCCGCUCCCAGCUCCAGGAACCCCCCGCCGAACCCAUCCACCGCCAGUCACCGACAGUCGUCCGCACCGUGCGGGACUCGGGCGUCUCUUCCAGCAACUCCAGCGUCGGGGACUCUCCGCCCCCGCCGGCCUCCCCGGAACACAAAGCCCCCAGCCGUCUCUCUGUCAACUACAGCGGCCGUCAUCGCGGCAUCGAGGAACUGGAGGAUCUGCCGCACCCGACGGAGGACUUCCUGCAGCCCACCCCGCCACCGCCGCCCCUCCCGGCCACCCCGGCGCCGCUGGCCCUGGGCGCCAUCGGGGCGCAGGUGGCCGCGGUGCAGUCGGCGCCGAUGCGGGCGGCCGAGGUGGCGAAAAAGAGCCGCUCGACCAGUCGCGAACGGACGGAGAACGGGGUGGCGGUCAGCAAGGAAGGUGUGAUAGGUGGUGGUGGAGAGGAGAAUGGACAGGAGCAGAUGGUGGAGAUGGGACGCCGGCUGUUGGGGCCGGAGGGGAAGGACUGUGAUGUGGUGUUGGUGACGCUGAACCGCCCGGAUGGGAAUAGCGGCGGCGGAGUGGGCGUCGUGCUGACGGGUGGAGCUGAUUCGGAGAACAAUCAGAUCAAGGUCAACAAAGUGAUCACGCAUUCGCUGGCGCAUCGCGACGGGCGCAUCCAGCCGGGUGACCGGCUCCUGCUGAUCAACGGCCAGCCCUGCACCAACAUGACGCACCGCCAGGCGCUGGACGUGCUCAAGGCGCCGGCCGCGCAGGUGUCGCUGGUGCUGGCCCGCAACAACUGAACGGACCAAUUAAAAACGCUGGAUGCGAUGGAAUCCUGUACUGCUGCGUCGCUUUCACUUUGGUUGCCUUGAUUCACAUAAAUAAAUUACCACAAUCUAUCCGGAUACGAGAGGGGAUCGGGUCAAAUGGAAGUAGUUGUUUUUUUUAUAGUUUUCCUUUUAUUUCAAUUUUGUCAUAUUGUGUCGAGACGAGUCGGCUCUGUACUAGAUGAUUAGUUUAUUAUGGUAUAAUACUGGUAAUUUUUUUCUUUUUGUCAUUGGCGUAUUUUCAGAAGUUCCCGUAGCAUAAUCGGCCUUUUUGCUUGUGCUGCGAAGUGCGAUAUACUGGGCGAAGUUUUUAAUUAGUUUUUUUGUGCGUUUGCUAACUGUUGUAUUCGAUGCCGCCUUGCUGUGCUGUUUGUGUCUUUAUAAGAUGCUUUUUUUCUGUAGCUUAUAGAUGUAAAUAAAUAAGUGUCGGUGU